AUGUGGAAACCCUCCGAGAGACUGAUGGACACCAUCAGACACUAUGCCAGCUUCCCCGCCACUGGUGUCUCGUUGCGGCAGAUGGUUCAAUUUGGGGAUAGGCCAUCAACAGGCACUUUGUUCCGCGCUUCACAAUUUCUCUCUGAAGAGCUACCGAUCCGUCUCGCCCAUCGUGUACAAGACCUCGGGGAGUUGCCAGAUGGGCUCAGUGAGAUGCCCUCCAUCAAGAAAGUGCAGGAUUGGUACGCACAAUCAUUCGAGGAAAUUAUCAAUUUGCCUCGUCCCACCCUUUCUCAAGAAGUCAAAACACGUCUAUUGCGAUCAGGACGGAUGAAUGGCGGGGCUUCACGGAUCCUCUCCGAAACAACACAGAACCCGAGUGUUCGAGAAGGCCAAUACCGAUCUUUCCCUACGUCGAUGAAGAAUGGAAAUGGCAACGGCCAUGGCAAAGGCACGGCGACUCGACGAUACUUCUACCCAUCCGACGAGCAGGGAAACUGGCCUCCCGAGCUGAACGAUUACAACGAGCGCUUCUCCACGACGUUGAAGCAGAUCAAACGGCGGCAUGACGGUGUGGUGACCUCUGUCGCGCAGGGGAUCCUGGAAUGGAAGCGCCGACGGCAGCGUCUGCAGAUUGACCCAACGAUCCAGAACUUCCUCGAUCGGUUCUACAUGUCCCGCAUCGGGAUUCGAAUGCUGAUCGGCCAACAUAUCGCAUUGACGGAACAGACGCGCGCGCGACAUCCACACUACGUAGGGAUCAUCUGCACUAAGACGAACGUGCACGAGGUGGCCUCGGAGGCGAUUGAAAAUGCUCGGUUCGUGUGCGAGGACUACUACGGCUUGUUUGAGGCGCCCCAGGUGCAGCUUAUCUGCAAGGAGGACCUCAACUUCAUGUACGUGCCAGGCCACCUGUCGCACAUGCUCUUCGAGACCCUGAAGAACUCCCUGCGGGCCGUGGUGGAGACCCAUGGCGCGGAUAAGGAUGCCUUUCCCGUCACCAAGGUGAUUGUCGCCGAAGGCAAGGAAGACAUCACGAUCAAGAUCUCAGACGAAGGGGGCGGGAUCCCCCGGUCCGCCAUCCCGCUCGUCUGGACGUACAUGUACACGACCGUCGAGCAGACGCCGAACCUGGACCCGGACUUUGACAAAAGCGACUUCAAGGCGCCCAUGGCGGGCUUCGGCUACGGGCUGCCCAUCAGUCGGCUGUACGCACGGUACUUUGGGGGGGACCUCAAACUAAUCAGCAUGGAGGGGUAUGGCACGGACGUGUACCUCCACCUGAACCGACUGUCGUCAAGUUCAGAACCGUUGCAAUGA